AUGAGGUUAUUGUGCCCUUUUUGGGUUAAUAAGAUAGACGCACUUUCUAUAGAUUCUCCUUCUGCGUUGACAUUGAGGGAUUUGUUAUGUACCAAUGUGGACGACCAAAAUGAGGUUUGGAGUUAUGUUUUGUUGGCUAAUUUUUUAUUUGACAUGGAAUGGCUCUUUUCGGUGGCUCCAUCAUUGUUGCAAACAAAGAAAAAGCUUUUUUUAGUUUCGGGGGAGAAAGGUUUGGCGCAACAAUUUUCAUCAUCAUCUUUCUCUGGUGCUAUAGAUAAGGGUAGAAUCAGGUUUAUAGAGCCAAAAUUGCCUCUUCCCUUUGGUGUACACCACACUAAGCUUGCUAUUUGUGUUAAUGAAAAUGGUAUACGGGUAGCAAUUUUUACUGCAAAUUUUAUAGAGAGUGAUUGGUCUCAAAAGACCCAAGGAAUUUAUGUACAAGAUUUUCCUAAACGAUCUAAUAUAGAUAAGGUUACAGAGGAAAGUUAUAUACCUUUAAAUAUACAGGAUAAUCGAGGGAAUCGAUUCAAAAAUGAAUUACGUAGAUACCUUAAUAGUUAUAAUGUGUUUUCUUCUUUAAGUGAUGAAAACGGCAUUCCCAAUACAUUGUUUGAUGAAUUUGAUUUUAGUAACGCUAGUGUUGAACUCAUAUCAUCUGUUCCAGGUUAUCACCGCGGUUCUGAUGCGUAUUUGUUUGGAAUGGGAAGAAUUGAGAGUUUAUUGGAAUCUCUAUAUAUGGGAACAAGUGAUAAAUCGGAAACACCUCUCUUAACGUGGCAAUUUAGUUCUCAAGGCAGACUAACUGAUGCUUUUCUGGUUAAAAUGGAAAGUGCGAUGGUAAGUGAAAUAAAAAAUAAAGAUAUAUCAGAACAGUUUCGCCCUAUGGUUCAAGUGGUGUACCCAACAGAGUCUGAGGUGCGGGAUAGUUUGGAGGGUUGGAUUGGAGGUCUUUCACUACCUCUACGACUUGCUUGUUGUCAUCCUUAUAUCAAUAAACGUCUGUACCGUUGGGGGUUUAGCGCAAAAGACAUGAACGACAACAAGAUUACAAGGAAGCAAUCGGUACCACAUAUAAAAUCAUAUAUGCGGUUAACUGAAAAGAAAGAUGCACUUAAAUGGGUAAUUUUAACUAGUGCUAAUCUUUCUCGUGCUGCAUGGGGUGAAUGGCAAAAGAAGGGAACUCAGCUGGCUAUACGUUCUUAUGAGCUUGGGGUUUUCUAUGAUAGUGAAUCCUUUAUACAAAUUUCGGACGAACUUUUUAGUGUGACUCCAUCUCGACCGAUUCCCCUUCCUUCUUCUGUAGAAGGCGAUGGUCUGAUUGAAGUGCGUAUUAAAAAAAAAGAAAAAAAGGGAUCUCAAGAUGAACCCAUCUUGUUCUUACCUUAUGAUCCUCUUAAUCCUGAACCAUAUGCAAGUACUCUUCAGCUGCAGAAAUCUGAAGGUAGUGAAGAUAAAUCCCCACUUAUUGCUAAAGACAGGCCUUGGGUUAUUGACAUUCCUCAUUUCGGUAAAGAUGCUUUGGGAAAGGACUUUCAUGAAGCACUAAAAACAAAUAAUUCCAUUGAUCAUACUGUUGACGAGAUUUCGAGUCUUGAAAAAAAGGCAAAAAUGGAGAAUAAGAAUAACCGAUCUUUAGAUUUAUAA